UUUUUGCGUCCCCGCCCAGACGGUCUCGCCGCUACCUAUGCUCGGAUCUUUCCCGGGCAGGUGGCGACCACCGCCCGUGUCCUCAUGUGGGGUAACGGGUGGGCCGGUCAGAGAGGGAGGGGAGUAAUAGGACGACCUGACUGGUCCCUGGAACGCGACUGAGUCGGCCGCAGGGCGCCAUCUGGCUGCUGGAGGUUCCAGUGCGGCGUCACCCGGGCCGUCUAAGGGCGUGAACAGAGACAGAGAGAGAGAGACUUUAAAAGCGGAGCGUUGGGUCGGCAGCUGAUCACACCGUUUUCCAUCGCUAAGAGUGCCGUAUGCUCAUCUCGAACGCGCAGCGUCAGUGAAAGUGAAUCGGCCAGUUCUUCUUUUUUUUUUUUUUUUUGCAUCUUUCUUCGCCUCAAGCGUAGAGCGGACUAUAACCACAAUGAAAUCGGCGUUACUGAUUUUAACGGCGUUGCUGAUGCAACGGGCUGAGUGUAAGGCUGUCGCGGCCGAAACCUCUACUGGCGAUGCCGCCUCGACCUGGGACAGCUGCUUGAAGAAAGACUCGAUACAGUGUAUGCAGCUAGUGGCGUACCGCAACAUUAGAGCUUUCUUCGACCGGGACAGUAUCCCACUGGUGACUGGGCUGUCACUGGUGCGCGAGGCUGAAGUAGGGUCUGCUGUGUCGUCGACGUCAGCAGCACGAGAGUUGGGUCGCCAGGUGGAAGAAGCGCAAGACGUGUCGUCGCGUGAACAGGCGCUAGAGCAGUUCGCUUUGGGCGAGGCGGCAGCCUUUGUCCGAGAGCGCAGCCUGCGAGUCGACCUGCCGCAGCUGGCGAGGGCCACCGCCAGGGCCAUCGCGGACCGCCUGCCCACGGAUGUGCGUACCAAGAUCUCCGAGCUCAUCACUGAAGGGCGAGGGAAGAAGAAGGCGCUGAAGGUGCUGGUGCCGAUCCUGCUGGUGGCGGGAGUGAAGGCGGCGGGCGCGGCGGCGCUGUCCGUGCUGGGCCUGGCGCUGCUGGCCAAGAAGGCGCUGCUCGUGUCGACGCUGGCGCUGCUGGUCGCGGGCGCGCUCGUCGUGCUCAAGCUGGUGUCGCAGGGCCGCCACCCGCAGCACGAGGUGCACGAGGCGCGGCCGGUGCCUGUCGCCGCCGUCGUCGGCGGGCCUUACAGCUACGGCACCGUGGGCGGCGGUGGCUACCCGGUGGGCGGCGGCGUCGCCUACGAAAGCACCGGCUACAGCCACGGCGAGUUCAGCGCGCACCCGGCGCCCGUCGCGGCGCACUCGCUCGCCUACAGCGCCCACAAACCUGUGCGGAGGUAGGCAGGCGCACGUCAACGUCGCAGCAGAAGAUGGCCCUCUAGCUAAAGGAGAGUCGAAACCACCGCAACCACUCAACAAAUGUGUUAUUUAUUUAUUUCGUGAAUCAUCUGCGAUGACAGCCAGAACAUAGCAGGUUUUGACUGUGUAUAUAUAUCCACACUGUACAAAUACAUGUUUAUCGUAAUCCAUUUAGCAAUAAUUUUCGACUUGACGAAGACGUUUGACCAAACUGACUGUAAUUAUGUCAAUAUCACUGAGGUAUUAUGAAAGCAACAUUUGUCGGCCGAAUCUUACACACUCGUCUUAAUUGACAAAUGCGAGAAACGCCUCAUUUUAGCCAACAAAAGUUAUACCUUUUCAUAACUUCGUGUUCACCCAGAUAGUGCCGCACUGGGAUAGCACACGUUGGCACUCUGAUGAAAGUGUCGCACUGGGAUUGCACACAGUGGUACUCUGAUCUCAUUAAAGGACCCUAUUUGCUCAGUUCAGUGUCGAGAAUACCAUUACAAGGAUUCCCUUGCUAUGCUGAUCAGUUGGAAGUUCACGUCAAGACGAUGGCUUGAAAUUAGCUCAAUUGAUGUCUGUCAACAUUAUUUAGUGUGCUACUGAUGAGAGCUGACAUACAAUUGUGCUUCUGGUAGUUUCGAAUUGGGAAAAGUAGCUUACAUAAAAUUUCAUUACCCGAUAUGUAUCUGUUUCUAGUCCUGCAAUAUCGACACAUGGAUGUUGUGAGAUACCAUCAAAAGGUAUUUUCGAUGUAGUUGAUGUUUGUGUAUUUAGGGAUUACUGUGAGACAAGGACUGAACAAGACGAACGUCCGACUUACAAUUAACUUAGUCACUGUGAUUAGUGCUGCAGCUUAUGUUUAUACACUUUUAGUUAGUACUCACAUAGUUGUGAAAGUUUUUAUUAUGUAUGUAGCGAAAAUCUAGAGAUACACUUACUAUUAACUGAUAUACUUAAUCCCGUGUCCGUAUUAUGUGUGUAUAUGUGACUCUGUCAAAGAGAAAUGAACGUGUUGUUAUAGUGCGCCACUUAACAUUUACAAUGUAAUGCAGUUACUGUAAACGUAAAUUAAAUGAUACCGUUAAAGCUA